AUGGCUACCCCUAGCGUUCUCACCUUUGAUGCUGAGGGUUGGGCUGUCGACUUUGAUGUCUGGGUCGAUGAUCUGCCGCUUUUCCUGCAGUGCGAUAGGAAAGACGGUCUCUCACUGUUCGAUCUCACGUCUGGCGCCUCUCCUGCCCCUACUACUGAUACUGACAGCAAUGUUCGCUCCCAGUGGGCCACACGCGAUGCUGCUGCCCGUCUUGCUGUGCGUAGUCACUUGCCGUCCUCUGAGCGCGCGCUCUUUAGUCAGUACAAGAGUGCUAAGACCUUGUAUGACGCUGUAGUUGCACGCUACUCUUCCCCUGCCACUGCUGCCCUUAGCCGCCUCAUGCUGCUGUACCUGUUCCCUGACCUCGCCGCCUUUCCCACUGUCGCUAACCUCAUUACGCACCUUCGCACUAGUGACACCCGCUACCGCGCUGCGCUUCCUGCUGAGUUCUGCGCCAAGAACACACCCCCCAUGUACAUCACCCUCUACUACAUAGUCACCCGGCUCCCUGACUCCCUUCGCUCGGUCAGGGGCCACUUCCUCUCUGUUUGCCCCACCACACUCACCGUUGACCUCCUCGAGGAGCGCCUCCUAGCAGCUGAGAAGAGUAUAGUCGCUGUAGGAGCCUCUCGUGGUGACCCUCGUACCCCAUUCUUUGAAGGGUGCUCCCCCUCCCCCCUUUUGCCCUCUAUUGCCUCUGCUACUGCCGUCGACUUCGUUGGCACCGACUCGUGGGGUGGGGGUGCUGGUCCCUGUGCCUACGUCAUGCGUACCGACGACCGCACUGGUGAACCGUGCCGUGGCCCGCACACCACCCAGCGCUGCUUCGGACGUCUGACAGACGUGUGGCGUCUCCAGUUCCCUGACGCCACUGAGAUCCCCCGCUGGAGAGAGCUGCUUAGGUCGGGGGUUGCUAUCUUUGAUCUGGAUUAUGAUGCUAUUCUUGCUGCCAUGUAUGCUGUGUCUACUAGUGAUGAGGGUGACUGUUACCUGUGUGUUCCGCCUGACACAGGCAUUGAGGCUGCUGGUGAGGCUGCUGCUCUAGGUGCUGGUGAGGCUGCUGUUCCAGGUGCUGGUGAGUCUGCUCUCUCAGGUACCACGUCGGCUCAGGCCUUACACACCUUCACCCUUGACUCAGGUGCUUCCCGCUCCUUCUUUCAAGACCGCACCACACUCACGCCGCUUAGUCGGCCGGUUGCGGUCUCCCUGGCGGACCCCUCUGGGGGUCCUUGUCAGUAG